AUGGCAACAGGAACCACCGAGACUACCAAACCAGCUUCCACAAACGGCGCAUCGGAAAAGCCCGUUCAGCCCAUACCAGCUUCCGGCACAAACUACCCGUGGAGCAACAAAGAUGGCGUCUGGCGUCGUCAAUUGGGCUCUAUGGAGUCUUUCUAUCAGAGUUUGGCGUCUCCCGAAGGCUAUCCUGUCCACUGGAUGAUCGGCUGCAGCGUGACAAUCCAAGCCCAAGAUGAUAGCAUCGACAAGGAAGGCUCUCUCCGAAAAGCCUGGAAGGCUGUAGCGAAGGACUUCCCGUGCGUUGGCGCCAUCGUGGAUCCAGUUUUGCGGGAGAUUGUGGUUCGCGAAAAUGCUAUUACAGACGAGUGGCUACAGAAGAGCUUCCGAGUUCAUGAUGGAACGACCGCCGAUGAACUCUUCUCUGCGUUCAAAAGCCAGUUUCACAUCACACUUCAUUACAUUCGAGAUACCAACCAGCUUCUACUCCAGUCACCUCACACUCUCAUCGACGGGCGAGGAAUGUUGCAUCUGUAUCACGCUCUGUUUACUACACUAGCAGCUCUACCGGGCGACAACUCUCAGGCACAACAUGAGACAUCCGGAGCACCAAAUCUUUCUAAGCCGUAUGAUGACUGGUUGGGAAUCUCAGCUUCGCCCUCGGAAAAGAACUUUGCCGAUGCGCAGUCUAUCUUUCAGCGGGUUUUGCAGCAAGAAAAGCCGAUCAGGCUACCUGGUGUCGACUUUACAACUACCCCGCAAAGGCCAGUCCACAGAGAUCUUGAGGUGGACGAGAAGACAACCUCAACUAUCCUCAGUGCGUGCAAGGAAAAGGGGGUCAGCGUCACUUCGGCAUGGCACGCCGCGCUUGCUUUGACAACCCAGGCAACAGGUGGUGAAGACGGUGAAUCCUACCUCUCGUUCACCACCAUUGAUCUCCGUCGCCAUUUCCCCUCCUCUUUCGUCCCACACAAGCACUCGAUCGGAUCGCUCCAGACCGCCCUGCCUCUGGCAGCGGAUCUCAGCAAGGGCAACACCUUCGAUGUUCUCAGUCAGUCUUUGCACAAGCAGUACAAGGCGCCUUUCGCUUUUGCCGAUAAUGACUUUGGGUACCUGACCCCUUACAUGGCCAUGUCUCGGCAGAUUCUUGAAACUGGCGGCGUGCCUCCGAGCAGUACGCCGUCGCUAUCCAGCAUGGGAGUCGUUGACGAUUAUCUCCAACGCCAGUAUGGCGCUUGGGAGAUCUCCGACUUUUGGGUGAGCUCCACCAUGAUGACGGGUGAUUUCCAGAUGUAUUUGUGGACUUUCCGGGGUAAGCUCACCUUUAGUGUGUGCUAUAAUGAGACGUUUUACGAUGCGGAACAGGUGGGUCGCAUCAUGGAAAACACCAGGGAUGAAUUGAUCCGAGGUGUAGGCCAGUUGUGA